GGCGCGUUGGCCGCUGCGGCAGGGGUCGGCCUCCGGUGACGUCAGGACGCUUCGAGGGUGCCAGCCCCCAGCCCCGGCCCCCCGAGUCCCGCGCUGGCCGGGCAGGGGCGGGGCGUCGGGCCAGCUGAGCUAUCCCGUCAGACCGCGCCAGUUUGAAUGAAAGCUCCUCAAGAUGGCGGCGGCCGGGGCCGAGACGCGAGGAGCUUGGUGUGUGCCUUGCCUAGUUUCCCUUGAUACUCUUCAGGAAUUAUGUAGAAAAGAAAAGCUCACAUGUAAAUCCAUUGGAAUCACCAAAAGGAAUCUAAACAAUUAUGAGGUGGAAUACUUGUGUGACUACAAGGUAGUAAAGGAUAUGGAAUAUUAUCUUGUAAAAUGGAAAGGAUGGCCAGAUUCUACAAGUACUUGGGAACCUUUACAAAAUCUCAAGUGCCCAUUACUGCUUCAGCAAUUCUCUAAUGACAAGCAUAAUUAUUUAUCUCAGGUAAAGAAAGGCAAAGCAAUAAUUCCAAAAGACAAUAACAAAACUCUGAAACCUGCGGUUGCUGAGUACAUUGUGAAGAAGGCUAAACAAAGGAUAGCUCUGCAGAGAUGGCAGGAUGAACUCAACAGAAGAAAGAAUCAUAAAGGAAUGAUACUUGUUGAAAAUACUGUUGACUUAGAGGGCCCACCUUCAGACUUCUACUAUAUUAACGAAUAUAAACCAGCUCCUGGAAUCAGCUUAGUUAACGAAGCUACAUGUGGUUGUUCGUGCACGGAUUGCUUCUUUGACAAAUGUUGUCCUGCUGAAGCUGGAGUUCUUUUGGCUUAUAACAAAAACCAACAAAUUAAAAUCCCGCCUGGCACCCCCAUCUAUGAAUGCAACUCAAGGUGUCAAUGUGGACCUGAUUGUCCCAAUAGGAUUGUACAAAAAGGCACACAGUAUUCACUUUGCAUCUUUCGAACUAGCAAUGGCCGUGGCUGGGGUGUAAAAACCCUUGUGAAGAUUAAAAGAAUGAGUUUUGUCAUGGAAUAUGUUGGAGAGGUAAUCACAAGUGAAGAAGCUGAAAGACGAGGGCAGUUAUAUGACAACAAAGGAAUCACAUAUCUCUUUGAUCUGGACUAUGAAUCUGAUGAAUUCACUGUGGAUGCAGCUCGAUAUGGAAAUGUGUCUCAUUUUGUGAAUCACAGUUGUGACCCAAAUCUUCAGGUGUUCAAUGUUUUCAUUGAUAACCUCGAUACUCGUCUUCCCCGAAUAGCAUUGUUUUCCACGAGAACCAUAAAUGCUGGAGAAGAGCUGACUUUUGAUUAUCAAAUGAAAGGUUCUGGAGAUAUAUCUUCAGAUUCUAUUGACCUCAGCCCAGCCAAAAAGAGGGUCAGAACUGUAUGUAAAUGUGGAGCUGUGACUUGCAGAGGUUACCUCAACUGAAUUUUCAGGAAAUAGAAAUGAUAAUUGUAGUUUUUCUGAUGUUAACAUUUUUAAAAAAUGAAUAUUUGAGACUCUCUUUCAUAUCAGCAAGAUUAUACCUUUGUUAAUUUAUAAUUCAUGUUUCAACACAUUUGCCAAAUGUAUUACCAAUGCUUCUAAAGAGAGUGCCAGUGUGCCACAUAGACUGACUUGAAGUCUACAUGUGUAGUGCUUAGAGACCAAACAUGGAAGGCAAACUAUUUACAGGUCAGCAUAUGCAUACGUAAAAAGUCCAUGUGAAUAGAAAAAUGCCUUCUUCAGUAUUUGAAGAGUGUUGAACUGAUAAUGUAGCAGUUGCUGAAAUCAGAAAUUUGACUUGCCAUACAUACGCCCCAGAGUUGGAGAAAUAGAGUUAAUUCAGUUUGGGGAAACAUGCAAGUUCUGUUUUUGUUAUUACAUUGUCAUUACUGUUUAAUACUCACUGUAUUUGAGACAAAUAGGUGAUACUGAAUUUUAUACUCUAUUUUCUACUUUUUCAUUAAAACAUUGGCAUCUUAAUGACAUAGAAAUUGAAGGUAUAAAAUUCAAUGUAAAAAAAUUUUAGCUUGAUUUCAUAUUUUGAAGCAACUUAGACCAUUAUGAGGGGUGUAUGUCUGAACUUGUAAUCCUUAAAGAUUUUUUAAUCCUAUAGAAGAAAAAUCUCCUAAAAGUCUGGAAUGGCUGGCCAUUAUGCUGCUUUGAAAGGGCAGGACAGUGGGACCAGGAAGGUUUGGGGGAGGACCAGGCAGAGGAAAUGGAGCGCUUUAAGGGCACUUCUUAGUAAUGUGAAUUAGGCGAUCCAUGUUGAGUACCUGUGGUCGAAAACAGUAAAACAGGAUGCCUGGGGAGAGCAGCUAUACCCAGUGACAAUGUCAUGUGCAUUAAUAGUACAUCUUUUCAAUUUCAGGCAGUUUUAACAUUUCCACCAAAUUAUUUUUAUAUUUCCUGCAGGCUGUUCUUAAAAAUUAAUCUAUAUUUGGAAUUGAUACUUGUUUUAUACAUGAAUUUUUUAAAUGGGAUAAAGCUAAACUUGAGCAAAGCAUGUGCCUAAAUUAUGAGACCUUUUAUUAGUUGACCUGUGAAGACUGAUGAAUAUAUUAAUUUGGGGGGUUGUGGUUUUUUUUGUUCUUUGGGUUCUUUUCCCCUGGCAUGGUACAAAACCUCAAUCAGGAAAAACCGCUUUCAUCUCUAAUUCUAGGAUUUCCAGUCAUGGCGUCCAAUGAUGUGAAGGUAAAUGCAGCAAUAAAUGUAGCUUUCAGUAUUCCUGAUUACGUUCUACCUAAGCUCACUGCUCUAGGCUUUCAUGGCCUAAAAUAAACUGAGAUAAAAACUGAACUGACUUCAAGAAUGUGCACUUCAAAUCUUAAUCCUUCCUCUUUUUUGGGAGAAGCUAUCCUUUAUUAUCCAUUAUCUUGCCAUCACAUGACUUUGUUCUUUCAUAAUAUAGGAUAAAUUGUUUACAUGUCUGGAGCCUUACAGUAUAUCUGCUAACCAAAAUUUGCAGAAUGUAUUACGGAAAAAUACACUUUU